AUUAUGAUGAAUAUGAUGACUAUUACGAACAAGAUCUUGAGGAGAUAAGAAAUCCCUUUUACAAUAAUGUGCAAUGGUGUUUAUCGUAUUCUGAUUCAAUUAAAGGAUUAUCCAAUGAAGGACCUUUUGGUUGUGACGAUUAA